AUGAAGUCUAUCGCCAUUCUUUCUCUUUUGGUUUCCCUCGUUUUUGCCGCACCCACACCUGUGGCUGCACCCAUCGCUGCUGAUGCACCUCAGCCCAUUACACUCGAGGCCCGUCAGUCAAGUGCCACUCGCAAUGAGCUGGAGGAUGGCAGCAGCUCUGCAUGCCCAAGGACCAUCUUCAUCUUCGCAAGAGGCAGUACUGAAGCUGGCAACAUGGGCGCCUUGGUUGGGCCUUUUACAGCCAGUGCUCUCGAAAGCGCAUACGGAGCGUCUACUACAUGGAUACAGGGUGUAGGCGGCCCAUACACUGCUGGCAUUGCAGAAAACACGCUCCCAGCCGGUACUUCUCAAGCCGCCAUCCGUGAAGCCCAGCGUCUCUUCAACCUUGCUGCGAGCAAGUGCCCCAACACGCCCAUCACUGCAGGUGGAUAUUCUCAAGGCGCUGCAGUCAUGUCCAACGCUAUUACUGGUCUGAGUUCUGCUGUGCAGAACCAGAUCAAGGGCGUAGUGCUGUUUGGCUACACCAAGAACCUACAAAAUCUCGGAAGAAUCCCCGGCUUCCCUACCAGUAAGACUAGGAUCUACUGCGAGACUGGCGACUUGGUCUGCACUGGAACACUUAUCAUUACACCUGCGCAUCUUCUAUACUCGGAUGAAGCUGCUGUACAGGCACCCAUCUUCUUGAGGGCUCAAAUUGCUUCCGCAUAGGUGGCUACGAGAGAGUCUUUGAUGCAAAGAUGAAACUUUGUUUCUUAUCAGCCAGGCUGCGUUUUCGGUAUUGGCAUGUGCUUAGUCCUUCUUCACUUCAUUUCACGUACACAUUCUUUACAGUAAUUAAAUGAUUCAC